AUGGCGGGCACAGCUACUGCUACGUAUUCAGCAGAUGUUUGGACAUCAGCUAGCAGUGUAGAUGGCGGCCAGCAACCAUGGGAGUUUUCUGUCCCGGUCAAUCACGAUGGCAAUAGCAGCAACAAUAAUAGCAGACAGCGCUCCAAAUCCCGAACAUCCCGUGAUGCAAAAUCGAGAGAUCGUGGCUCCAAAGGUUCUCGCAGUUCUUCCAUGUCUAGACACGCCUACGACCGAUCCCAUUAUGCCACCCGAGGACGACCCGAUGCAAGUAUUAGUCGCGAGGAAGUCGAGACCAAGGCGGCGCAGGACGGAGGCAGUACACACAUCAACGGAAGUGCUAAGAAAGGUGACGUGAAGGAUGGUAUCGGCAUCAAGCCGGGCGAUCUAAACGACGAGAAUUGGAUUCAUCGGGAUAAACUCGCGCGCAUCGAGAGCGAGGAGCUCCAGCAAGCUGCAAUUUUGUUCCAACGCCGACCUGGGACUGGGAGUACUAGGGCUGGACGUGGUAGAAGCCGAGACCAGCAAAAGGGCAGUAUCAGCGGAACUACUGCAACCACGCCCGCGCCAACCGAACCGCUGGAACCGUGGCCGGAUUUUCAGGAGGACCAGCAAAUCCAGCUAAAGCAGGAGAAGCAAGAAACCCGCACUACUUCUCUGGUCCUUGAUGAUGACAACGGUGACGAUACUCGAGAUGAAGAACGGCAACACUGGGACCUUCGCCGGCCCGAAGAAAUUGCGGCGGAAUUGGAAUAUAGUGCAUCAUAUAUGUACCGCAACCCUGGGCUGCGGAAGAGUUCGUCUCGAAUUCCGAUACCAACCGCAAGCCCGGCUCCCCUGUCUCCAGAUCAGAUCGACCGUGAAUUUUUCUUGCCACGUUCACGGGCACCGACAAAUGAAGAGGAGGAAUCCCCCUCAAUUGCGAUGCCUCGUAGAGCUAGUGAGCCAAUUACAGUAGACUCUGCCUCGACUUCCAGCCCGCCCAGCGACAGCCGGCCCGGUAGCCGAGGCGUACAGACGUCUCAGAAUGCGAACAAGAAGAACCCUGCUAAAGCUAGCCCAACAAACAGAAAGGCGUCUGCUCCCCUUCCCAAAAAGAGUACGACACCCCGAAGCCGAGCACCGUCCAGUCACAACACUCAGCGUCCCACCACAAGGUCAGGUGAAAUCCGUCCGCCUACAGCGGUCAACCGUCCAGAAGGCGAUCCUCCAUGGCUGGCUACCAUGUACAAGCCCGACCCGCGACUUCCCCCCGACCAGCAAAUCCUUCCCACCCAUGCGCGGAGGAUGCAACAAGAGCAAUGGGCCAAGGAGGGCAAGACGCCUACAACAUACGAUCGUGAAUUUGCGCCGCUUGCAAUCGCUUCCGACCCACUCCCUGUCCAGAACAAGGUUGAGAAGGAGACGGAAAAGCCACAGGAACCCGAGCCGCCGAAGCCAGAGGGGUUAGGCCUGCACUCCUUGCCCAAGAGCCCAGAACCAGGAACUCGGCCUGGUACAAGCACAGGAUACAGUCCAAUGCCGAAGCUGCAAGACACGCCGCCCACCGGGUUGACCCCGAGGUUCAAUUCUCAGACUGUUGUUACUGCACAGGGGCCACCUCCACAAGAAAAAGAACCCAAGGGCUGCGGCUGCUGUAUUGUGAUGUAG